AAUCCCGAAAGAAGAGAUACCCGCUCUCUCUUUCUCCAGCGGAUGAAAACGGAGCAAGGCGACCACAUCACAUCUUUGAUUUACGUCAUACGGCAGCCAGCGACGGGCACCACCGCUCUACCUGAGCUCUGCAACUUACUUUGAAGGCAGAUCUUUUUUCCCUUCUUCUUCUUCUUCUUCUUUGCUGUUGAAGUUUGCUCACAGACAGAUUUCUUGCCAGGAGCUCAAGACGCGGGCUGCAUUCCAAUUCAUUAAAGUUCACAUUGUAGACGAAGAAGAGUGUAUCUCCGCCAUCACAAUCUUCAGCGCUCACCAGGAUGAGGCACGGAUCUCCGCACUGGCUGAGGGGCGUGUGCCUUCUCCUGCUGCUCCAGACGGUCAAUUCCAUGGUGAUGCUUCCAAACUCAACGGGCUGGGAGCAGAUACUGGACAAGUAUCUGAACGAGGACGGGGACUGGUGGGAGGCCAAGCAGAGGGGGAAGAGGGCCAUUACAGAUAGUGAUGCUCAGCUCAUCCUGGACCUUCACAACAAACUCAGAGGCCAGGUUUACCCUCCUGCUUCCAACAUGGAGUACAUGGAAUGGGACACAGAGUUGGAGCGUACAGCAGAGGAGUGGGCAGAGACCUGUCUGUGGGAGCACGGUCCUGCCAGUUUACUGCCACAGAUUGGACAGAACUUGGGAGCACAUUGGGGCAGGUUUCGUCCACCCACGUUCCAUGUGCAGGCCUGGUAUGAUGAAGUGAAAGACUACUCCUUCCCUUACCCUCAGGAGUGUAACCCCUAUUGCCCCUUCAGAUGCUCCGGUCCAGUUUGUACUCAUUAUACACAGCUGGUUUGGGCCACCAGCAGUCGGAUUGGCUGUGCCAUCAACAUGUGUUACAACAUGAAUGUGUGGGGACAGAUUUGGGCCAAAGCCGUCUAUCUUGUCUGCAACUAUUCACCGAAGGGAAACUGGUGGGGCCAUGCACCUUACAAACAUGGGACCCCAUGUUCUGCCUGUCCUCCCAGCUAUGGAGGAGGCUGCAAGGACAACCUCUGCUACAAAGAUGACAGCUCCAACCCUCCACAAGAGGAAACGGAAGAAAACAACUUCAUUGAGCCAGAGGCCCCCCGUACACCGCAGAAGCCGCUGUCUAGGGCCUCCAAGCUUGAGCCUCCCAGUAUCCCCGCCCCAGCCCCCACCAAACCCCCCACAGAGGACCUGCAUAAGAAUGAAGUGGUCAACACACAGCAGAUGUCCCAGCUGGUGACCUGUGACACUAAGCUUCGAGAUCAGUGUAAAGGAACACCAUGUAAUAGAUAUGAGUGCCCAGCUGGGUGCCUAGACGCUACAGGGAAAGUAGUUGGGACAGUAUACUAUGAAAUGCAAUCCAGUGUUUGCAGAGCUGGUUUACAUGCUGGUGUCAUAGAUAAUGAUGGAGGAUGGAUGGAUGUAACAAGACAAGGCAGAAAGGACUUUUUCAUUAAAUCCAACAAGAACGGAGUCCAGUCUGUUGGAAAAUAUCUAAGUGCUAAUUCCUUCACUGUUUCCAGAGUAGCAGUCAAAGCCAUCACGUGUGAAUCCACAGUUGCCCAGCUGUGUCCAUACCAAAAGCCUGCAAAACAUUGUCCAAGGAUAUACUGCCCAAGAAACUGUUUAGAAGAGAAUCCUCACAUAUCCAGAGUAAUUGGUACCAGAAUAUACUCUGAUAAGUCCAGUAUAUGCCGAGCAGCGGUCCACGCUGGAGUAAUCAGGAAUGACGUGGGUGGCUACAUCGAUGUGAUGCCAGUGGACAAGCGGAAACAAUACAUUGCCUCAUACCAAAAUGGCAUUUUCUCAGAGAGCCUUCAAAACCCUGCUGGAGGCAAGGCGUUCCGGGUGUUCGCAGUGAUUUGACUGCCCCAGAGGGCGGCUUCACCAAACGGAAAGCGCACUUGGGCUGUUGAAUAGGCAGCAAUCAAGCCCCUGUUGUCAAACUCAAUGACUGAAAUGUUUCUGGCUUUGCUACACUCCAGGGGUUAGGGGUCGUCUCCAUGACAGCGUAAACCCAGCAACAAAAACUUGACUCAUACACAGUGGGAAACUGUUAGCACUCACUCGCAUGGUGUUUUCAUUUCAUCAUCUUUAGCAGGAAAUUCUAUGAACUGUAAAUUUCUCGGAAUAUUUUGUUGUACAUAUUUGUUAAUAGUCUUACACAUGUUUUGUCUUUGUGCCAUUACCUUGCCUUUUUAACAAAUAGCUGUGUAUGAAUACUGAUUAUAGAGAUCCUAUGAUAUAAAACAUUAUAAUGGCACUUAAGGACGAAUAUCAUUUUUAUUGUAUUAAGUCUGGCACAUUUUUACAGGUGCUUUGGAGAGGUUUUGUGUCAUAUUUUGUACUUGUUUAAUGCUUGGGGAAAAAAUAGUUAUGCAUUUAUUUUUAUAUGAUUAUGCUUUAUAUCAAUAUGAUUUAUAAAGGAUGCUGCUAUGUGUUGUUUGUAUUGUUAUUGUAAUUGCCAGUGUGAUGGGUUUUGUUUGUUUGGUUAUUUUUCCAGAUAAUGUGGUUCAGUUAAAACUCCCUGCAGGUCGGGAAGUACACUCAUCCCUCAGAGUUGUCAUUCUCUAAAUGUAACCCAUGUGCCCAAGUUCAUCGUGCAUCACAUUUUAUUGGAUGUAGCUACCGCAGAGAUGUUUUUCAGGUCAUGUCUGUUCAUCUCCCCUUGACACCGAUAAACAGGAAUAUCACUAUGCAACAGUUAUUUCAAACAGUAUGUAGAGAAAUGGCGAUUUUAAAUCACUUGGCUACUGGUCACAUUUUUACCAGCUCUCAGCCAUCUUUCAAGCUGCGAUCAAUAUAACGGGCAAUUCAUUGUAUUUUUGUCACCGUCUCUCUGUGCAUUAUAUAUAUUUUCCUACCUCAGGUUGUUAGGAAAAGUCAGUUUUGCAAUAAAAUAUUACAACCACCACA